UGCGGCGCCGCCCGGCAGAUAUAAGCGCGUCGCGCCGGGGCCCCGGUGCCGGUGUUGCUGCCGGUACCGUCCUUCCCCGCCGGCUCCCUCCGGGCCGUCCGUCCAUCCCUCCCCACGCGCUUUGUUUUCUCGCCGUCCGCGGGCUCGGGCCCCCCACGCCGCUGCCACCCUGAAGUUUCUGGCAGUGCUGCUGGCGGCGGGCAUGCUGGCUUUCCUGGGGGCCAUCAUCUGCAUCAUCGCCAGCGUCCACCCGGCCGGCACCGCCGCUCCCGCCGCCGCUCCCGCCGCCGCCGACAAUGACUCGGCCGCCGCCGCCCUCCUGCCCGCCGCCGACAAGGGGCUGGGGGCGCUGCACGGCCCCGCCGAGGCUCUGGCCAGCCCCGGGCCGCGCCUGCCGGGGGCACCGCCGCCCCCGCCGCUCUUCAGCCGCUUCGUCUGCACGCCUUUAAGCGCCGAGUGCCCGGCCACCGGUACCGGUACCGGCUCCGCCACCGGCCCCGGUCCCGAGGAGCUGCUGGCGCUGCGGAGCGCGGCGGCCCAGCUGCGCCGCACGGCGCUGGAGCAGAAGGAGCGGAUCCGCAUGGACCAGGAGACGAUCCGGGAGCUCACCGGAAAGCUCAGCCGCUGCGAGGGCGGCCUGAGAAACCCCCCCGCCGCCGCCGCUGCCGCCCCGCCCGCCGCCGCCGCCGGGCUCCGCGCCGCCCCGCGCCCCGGUACCAUGGGCCACCCCCCCGCCGAGCCGCCCGCCGUGCGGGAGCUGGAGGAGGCCGUCCGCGCCCUCCAGGACCGCAUCGACCGGAUAGAGCAGGAGCUGCCAGCCCGUACCAAUGGCUCAGGGCCCACCGCCCCAGCGCUUGCCCGCGACACCCUCCACACCAAGAUGGAGCAGCUGGAGGAGCAGCUCCUCUCCAAGAUCCUGACCUUGCAGAAGGAGCGCCAGGCUGCCAGCACUGACCGCAGCCAGCAGCAGCACGACAUCGAGAAGGAGCUGAACUCCCUCCAGAACCGGGUGACGGAGCUGGAGCAUGGACCGCCAGGCUACAGCCCUCCCAGUGCCUUCAAGGUGACCAUCCCAGUGCAGAACAACUACAUGUAUGCCCGCAUGAAGAAAAGCCUGCCAGAGCUGUAUGCCUUCACCAUCUGCAUGUGGCUGAAGUCCAAGGCCGUGGCAGGGCUUGGCACCCCUUUCUCCUACUCCGUCCCAAGCCAAGCCAACGAGAUCGUGCUGCUGGAGUGGGGCACCAACCCCCUGGAACUGCUCAUCAAUGACAAGGUUGCCCAGCUGCCACUGAGCCUGAAGGACAAGGCCUGGCACCACGUGUGUGUGGCAUGGACCACCCGGGAUGGCAAGUGGUCAGCGUACCAGGACGGUGAGCAGCGGGGUGCUGGCGAGAACCUGGCCUCCUGGCACGCCAUCAAGCCCCAGGGUGUCAUCAUCCUCGGCCAGGAGCAGGACACACUGGGUGGCCGCUUUGAUGCCACACAGGCCUUCGUGGGAGAGCUGGCGCAGUUCAGCGUGUGGGACCACAUGCUGGCACCGACGGAGAUCUUGGGCUUGGCCAACUGCACCUCCCACCUCCAAGGCAAUGUGAUCCAGUGGGACGACCAGGCAGUGGAGGUCUUUGGAGGUGCCAGCAAGGGGGGCUUUGCUGCCUGCGAGGAAGGGAGGAAGGCAUGAGUGGCCCCUCACCCCCUCCCCAGCACCAAGGAGCCCAGCAGCGGCCCCAAAGGAGACAGCGGGAAGCCCCUUUCUCCCUUCCCAGACCACCAAGCCUUGUCACCGUACCAGGGCAAUGCUCAAGACCCCAGUGCCAGCAUCCUGGGAGGCUGGGGGGCCCAGCAGCCUCCCUUUUGGCCUCAUGCCAGCAGCGAGGCUUGUCCCCGCUUCUGGCACACCUGCCCCUGGGUCUCGCCUUGCCCCACUUCUGUUUUGGGAGGACCUCGCCAUACCCGCAGGAGUCUCUGGUACAGCGAGGGUCCCCUCCUUGUUGGCCCCAAAGGGGAGCGGGAAGGAGACCUCCAUCUACCCCAAACACGGGCUGGCCUUGGUGGGAUGCCAGCGUGCGGGCAUACCCUGAGCUCAUCCCCUUUCCUUAUUUAUUUAUAGCGCCUCACUAUCUGGUUUUGUGAGCCUGUACUCCAAAUGGCCUUGAGCACCUUCCCCACUGGCCCCAUCCCCUCUUUUCCUGCCCUCCUGUUUUUUCAAGCACAGCCCCAGGGAAGCUGAGGGAGGAUGGCAGUGUCAGGGGUGGCACUCCCCUCCUGCACCCCUUCUCCUUGCCUCUGCUGCCUGUUCAGGCAGGGCUGCCCAAAGGGAGUCAGGCUUUUGAGGCAGAGGGAAGCAGAGUGGGACCCCCCCCCCAGCUGGGGGAGUCAGUCGGCCGCUGAGGGAACAGGGGGAAGGGGCAAAGCAUCCCACAGCCCUGGCCUAUGUGCCGUUAAGGGAGUGAAAGCAAGAAAAAAAAACCAAGAUGGAGGAUGGUGGUGACUGGAGGAGCCCUGCUGUCCAUCCCCUGGCCUUUGGGACACUGGAUUAGGUUGCUGCCCUCGUCUCCAUCUGGGACCCCUGCUUUGAGCUGCUCCUGGCCAAGGACAGGGCCACUACCACCCUUGGAACUGGGGGAGUGAUGUGGGGGGGCAGGUGUUUUCCCUGUGGAGUGCCUGAGCACACGCUGUGUCCACACUGCGUGGUCACCGAUGUCUCGAUACGUGAGUGUGUGAGAGUGUGUGUGUGUGUCUGGGGGGUGGGUGGGAGGGUUAUUUCAGGGGUCUCAUGGUUGCUUAAUGUGAUGUCCAGCUUCCAGUGCUCCCCUCUACCCCAAGUCCCAGUUUGCGCUUUCGGUGACGGCUGCCCCCCAGCCCGGGGGAGGCAAAGCAGGCAGAGAGGACAGCCCCGCCACCCAGCAUCACCCACCCGCAGGGUCCCUGCCAGUGGUAGGGCAGCUCAGCUUGCUGGGGGUGAUGUGGCAGGGACAGGGUGCACCCCUUGUGCCAGGUGGGAAACACUGUGACCUUCGUGCACCCCGCCGAGCUGCCCCCUCUUCCUCGCUCGCUCGCGCGCUUUCUCUAAUGCACGUUCAUGAAAGGGGCCCCUGACGUGCGCCCAUGUUGGGAUGUUUCUUUUGUAAAGCUGAUUGUGAACAAUAAACGUGAUGUUUUCUGUUC